AUUGAAAUUACUUAAAAAAACCUUUAGUGUAUUUUUUUUGUUAGUUUUUUUCGUUCGAGAGUGUGAGAUAAUUCAAAAAUGAUGGACUCAAUGGCUAAUAACGUUAUGACUAAUGCUGCAGAUAUGCAGGGUUGGGAAUAUCGUCAAGUAACUGUAACCCGAGUACCCGGAUAUGGUUUUGGUAUUGCAGUAUCAGGUGGACGUGAUAAUCCACAUUUUAGUUCUGGUGAUCCUAGUAUUGCGGUCAGUGAUGUACUUACACAAGGGCCAGCGGAGAGAUUAUUACAAGUUAACGAUCGAAUAUUAUCGGUGAAUGGUAUUUCGUUACAAAACGUUGACUAUGCAACAGCCGUACAAGUGCUUCGUGAUUCCGGCGAUACGGUAGUGUUGUCAAUCAAACGUCGAGUUUCUUCACAAUCGAAUCAUCAACAUAGUCAUAGUGCAACUUAUUCGUUAACAUCACCCACACAAAAUGUUAAAAUUACUCUCACCAAAAAUAGUAAAAAAGAAGAUUUUGGUAUCGUAUUAGGCUGUAAAUUAUUUAUCAAAGAAAUAUCAUCAAAAACUCGAGAUCAAUUAUCAAUGACAAAUCAACAUUUAAUGGAAGGCGAUUUUAUUACAAAAUUAAACAACACAAAUUGUAACGAUUUAAUGUCAUUAAAAGAAGCGAAAAAAAUUAUUGACGGAUGCAAAGAUAAGAUUAAUAUAUACGUAGCACGUGAUGGAGCUGUAGGAGGCGUAAUGCAUCAACCACAAAGUUCGAUUAGUACAACUGGUGCCGUUAACAAUUAUUACAACAAAGGUGAAGAUCUUUUCGUGCCUAAUCAAAGCUACUCAAAUCAAAAUCUAUACGUUCAACCACCGACCCGACAUUCCCAUCAACAUACUACCUCAUAUACCGAAGAAAAUGCUGAAGACAAAAGUAAUUUAGUCCCUCGUGGAGGACGUCUUCGUGGUCCUUUAAAUGAUAAUGUAAAUUUAAGUCGUGAAUUAGAAGCAGCUGUUACAAAUCGUCAACAUUCCAGAGAACCUCCAAGACCACCUCCACCACGACCAGAAGACUAUUACGCAUCUCGAAGACAGUUAUAUGAUGAAGAUCCACUUUUAGGGAAAUCAAAACAAACAGUUUUGGAUGCCAGAUUUAUAGCAUUUCAAAAAGAAGGCUCCGUUGGGAUACGUUUAACAGGAGGUAAUCAUUCAGGAAUAUUUGUAACUGCAGUACAACCGGGUAGUCCUGCUUCGUUACAAGGUCUUCAACCUGGUGAUAAAAUACUAAAAGUUAACGAUAUGGAUAUGACGGGGGUCACACGCGAGGAAGCUGUUUUAUUUCUACUAAGCUUACAAGAUCGAAUCGAAUUAAUCGUACAGUUAUGUAAAGAUGAAUAUGAUGCAAUUGUGGCAUCACAAAAGGGUGAUAGUUUCUAUAUAAAGACGCAUUUUCAUUAUGAAAGCCCCGUUAAAGGGGAAAUGACCUUCAGAUCUGGUGAUAUAUUUCACGUAAUUGAUACCUUGUAUAAUGGAGUUGUUGGAUGCUGGCAAGUGUAUCGAAUUGGACGUAAUAAUCAAGAGGUACAAAAAGGAAUUAUACCGAAUAAAGCUCGAGCUGAAGAAUUAGCUACUGCACAAUUUAAUGCAACGAAGAAAGAAAUGUCUGCGAAUGAAUCACGUGGUAGUUUCUUCCGUCGACGUCGAUCAUCAAAUCGUCGAUCGAAGAGUUUAGGAAAGGAACAUUGGGAUGAUAUUCUCUUUUCGGACAGUGUUAGCAAAUUUCCAGCAUACGAACGAGUUGUAUUACGACAUCCUGGUUUUAUGCGGCCCGUCAUUUUAUUUGGACCGAUUGCUGAUAUGGCAAGAGAAAAGCUUCUAAAAGAUUUUCCUGAUAAAUUUAUUUCACCACAAUUAGAAAAUGGUAUGGAUGAAUCACAGAAGCCACAAAAAUCAUCACAUAUAAUUCGUUUGAGUGCCAUACGUGAUGUGAUAUCUACUGGAAAACAUGCACUUUUAGAUAUCACACCAAAUGCAGUUGAACGAUUAAAUUACGCUCAAUUAUAUCCUAUUGUUGUAUUUUUAAAAGCUGAUUCCAAAAUAGUUAUUAAACAACUUCGGCAAGGUCUCCCAAAAUCGGCACAUAAAAGUUCCAAAAAACUUUUAGAACAAUGUACUCGAUUAGAUAAAGUUUGGAGUCAUGUAUUUGGUGCUACUAUUACGCUAAGUGAUUCAUCCGAACAUUGGUAUCGUAAAUUACGUGAAAUUCUUGAUCGCCAACAAGCUAAUGCUUUAUGGAUGAGUGAAACUAAGUUACGACAAGACUUUAUCUCCGACAUCUAUUUCCCACCACCUCCACCAUUACCACGUUCAGCAUCAAUAUAUCAUAGAUAUUCCUUAGGUUCUAGUUCCUUACCAAAUCACUACUAUCGUUCAACCUCUCAAUCACACAAUAAUAGAAGAGCGCAGAUAAUGUCGUUUCCAACAAACAUACCACCACCUCCUCGUAAUAGAUGUUGUAGUGUCUCUCAUUACUAUACACCCCCUGAAGAGUCAUUGUCUGAUGAUUUCCUAUUCCCAAUGUCAUCGUUACGCCUCUCUUAUGCAAGUUCGCCCGAGAGUGACCUCGAACAUAGUCCAGGUCCGCCAGGUGCUUCUGCUGUGGGUGGUGUUAUGGGGAGCGGUGCACUAACCACGAUGAAUACCUCCCCGUCGGGUCGACUAACGAAGGCAAGUUCAGACCCGAGCAUCAAUCUUCCAUCCGCAAAUAGUCCUCCGUCUGAUCAUGAUGUCCCACCCCCAUAUCAGGCCACAUAUGAUAGUAAAUAUGGAUUUGCUGCAAAUAGCAAAAAUGAAUCUGAAAAUAAACAAGGAAACUCAAUAGAAAAUAAAAAGAUUCCAUUAAAUGAAAACAGUCAGGAAUCUCUAUCAACGCCAACGGACACAAAUUAUAAAUCAACGAAUCCAUUGAUCGGUAAUGGUCUGUAUGGACAAACAGGAGGGGCAACAUCUCAACAAAUCCCAAAUGAAAUCUCGCAUCACGAACGCCAAAAGAGUAGCAUACAUGGUAGUAGUAAUUUUACUACACCCACAAAAAGUAGUUUUAAUCGAAUGCAACCAGCAGAUGGAAGUCCUAGUCGGAGUCCUCGAAUCAAUGAGAAUAAUAUGUACGCUGCAGCUCCAGAUUUACCACCUCGAAUUGAUAGAGGAGUGAAACCUUCACCUAGUGGAGGACUUACAAAGGGUGGUACAGCUGGUAGAUCUGCCCAUGAACGUUUAUUUGGCACAAAAGCUCCUGGACACGAUAAUAACGAUAUGAAUAGUUUACCACUUGAUAGUAAUUUUAAAGGAAGUCCAUUGGAAAGAAGAGGUCCAGGAGGUGAUAAUUCAAAAUUGGGUUCUUAUGAUUCAAUGUCUAGUUAUGAUUCUUAUCAUCAUCAGCAAUCUCAUAAACAAUCAAAUAUGCGUCUUGGACCAAACGCUCAUGACGAUUUGAAGUCAAGUAUUCCAGACAUGAAGCAUGACAAACAUCAUUCAUCUGGUAAUAAUGGUAGCAGUCGAUAUAGCAGUUCGCAGGAGAAUCAACACAGUCCAAGAAGUUCAUUAGAAAUGCAAUCUGAACAUAAAAUGAGAUCAUCUGAAAAUAUUCGACAUCACGAUAUGUAUCGGUACAAUAAAAUGCCCGGGAAACAGAUGCCAAAUAGAAUACAUUUCGAAACUAAGACUGAUUAUGGAAAAUAUAGCCGCAAUAAUUCAAAUCAAGAUUAUCUACGAAAAUCACAAUAUGAACUUAACAGCACAAGUAUGAACAACAAUAACAGUGGAAUUGGUUUACCUCAAAGUGGACUCUUAACAGCAACACCGUCUAUGCAACAUUUAACGAAUGGAUUAUCAAAUAGCGAUGGAUUAACACCACAUUCUAAUACAAAUGGAACGGGCAAUAAUAAUUCUUAUAAACCUAUACCACCACCAAAACCAAAGAAUUAUAAACCUCCAUUUAAGAACCCGCCCAAUGGUGGAAAUUACGGCGAUGAAAGUCAAAUGGGAAUGCCACCAUCGUCGCCGCCAAUGUAUCAACAUGGAAAAAGUAAUAGUCAUCCUGCACAAAUGAAUGACCAGCGUUCUCCAAAUUAUUACUAUAACAUACCACCAUCAGCGGGUACUUGGCAUGGCGGUGGAACCGAAACAAAUGGAACACAUUUCGCACAACCAAUUGGUGGUCUCGCACCACCUUACGAACAUCGGCAUGCUGGUGAUGGAAUGCACUUCAAUCAAGAUUAUCAUCGAAAUGAUUAUAAUCGAUUUCAUUCGGGUGAAACGCCAGAACAGCAUCGAAAUAAUAUUGUUGAUUUACAAGGGUCACGUGAACAACGUGGAUCUGCAUUUGAAUUAUACCGUAAACCAAUUCAUCAUAAUAUGAGUUCAAUGGAAAUGGAAACCGAUCAUAUAAUGCACGUGACCACUAAUAAUUCUUCUCUAUCUAUCAAUAACAUGACUAACAAUCAUAUAUGUUCAUCACAAUCAUCUCUUGAUGAGCAAUCAUCAAUGACAAAUACAAAUCACAAGCAUCAUGACCAUCAUGACAAUCAUCAGUCACAGUUACAGUCAGCAUCACAUCAUCAUAGUGACAAUCACAGUAAUGAUCACCAAUCAACUGUACCUGCUGUAGCACCAUCCGAUUAUUUAAAUGCAAACAAUGAUGUGAAUGUAACAUCUGCUACAGUAGAUCAUAGAGGUGGUCGACUUGAGAAUAAAUAUUGGGGGGUAUCAUUGGAUAUACCAGAAGGUGCGAUUCCAGAAGGAAUUCAACAGCAUAUUUAUUUUGUGAUCACAGAUCCAAGAACAUGUGAUAAUGCACCACCAUUAGAUUUUGAAAAUGGUGAAACACUUCUAUCGCCAUUAGUGAUGUGUGGACCACAAGGUUUGGAAUUUAAAAAAUCUGUUAUUCUUAAUAUACCACAUUAUGCCCAUACAUUACCAAGUUUAGCAAUCAGUUUGAAGGCAACAAAUUCAGAACGUGAUUUAUGCACCGAUUGGGAUAACAUUUUAUUACCAAGUAACCAUACAGCAAAUAGUGUUGCUGUUAAAGUUGACCAUUUUUAGAAAUACUCUAUUCAACAUUCAAAUAAGUUUAAAUACAUAUAAAGAGGGGAAAUUCGUUUCAUUAGGUAAUUAUAGAUACUGUCGAAGGACCAACCAGAUAGUAGAAUUCACUAGCCUAAUAGUUUGAUACGUAUCAAAACCAUCAAAAAGACUGUAGCAAGUGCAUGUCUUUUUCUAGUCGUUAGAAAAUUCAAGUUAGUCUUUACAAGAACAAUAAGUCUACCCCUUUGAUAAUAUAUUAAAGUUUAUAAUUUUUUCUAUUAAAAAUAUACUUGGCAUUUCCACGCUUGGAUUUCAAACGUGCGAUAGGAAAUUUCACCAAUCAUAAUUCUUGUUAAAAGACAUUUUGUCCGUCUUUUUAAUGCAAUUCAUAUUAUACUGAAUAAAAAUAUUAAAAUUUAAUAUAUCAAAGCUUCCAAAUUACUGAUUUCACGUUUAAAUCUUUAUUUUUCACAUCUUGAAGUUUCCACUUUUUGGUUUCCCUAUGAAAGCGAUGCCGCAUUAUCUUGUUUUCGUAUUAUUACGAUUCAAUUAUAUGAAACUUAUUGAAAAAAACUUAAAUGUAUCUAUAAUUCUCUGAUUUAUGAAUUUUUCUCCUUUCUAGUUCAUAUCAGCCAUAUUGUGAAUCCCCGCCAUAUUUUUUAAAAAUAUUAAAUGUAAAAAAA